UGGAUCUACGUUCUCUCAGCUUAUGGCUCCAUUUCUGUUCCUGUUGUUAUUUCUCUCUGGAGCAACUUCUGACCUGAUUGAGGUAACCGUGAACCAUGGAGAUGAUGUCAUUCUGCCAUGUCAGGCUGCUGAUUCCGCCAUCAUAGAUGUAAAGUGGAGCAGACCUGACCUGGAGCCAGAUACCGUCCUCUUAUACAGAGAUGGACACUUGGACACAGAAGACCAGCAUCACUCCUUUAAGGGCAGAGUGGAGCUGGUGGACAGAGAUCUGAAGGAUGGGAAUGUGUCUUUAAUUCUGAAGAAUGUGAACAUACACGAUGCUGGAACAUACGAAUGUCGAGCUGCACUAGGUGGUUCAGGACGUACAAAGGGAGACACUGACUCUGAGCCAAUCAGAACCUUCCGUCUGCAGGUUCCAGAGCCAGCAGACAUGACUGUGAUACCAGUGCCUGGAGAAAAUGCCAUUCUGCCAUGUUAUGCUGAUGAUAUCUCCAUCAGACUUGUAAAGUGGACCAGAGCUGACCUGAAGCCAGAUACCGUCCUCUUAUACAGAGAUGGAGACUUGAAUACAGACGACCAGCAUCCAUCCUUUAAGAACAGGGUGGAGCUGAGGGACAGAGAUAUGAAGGAUGGAGAUGUGUCUUUAACUCUAAAGAAUGUGAACAUCAUUGACUCUGGAAUAUACGAGUGUGGAGUUAAAACCGGUGAUUCAACACGUACAAAGGGAGACACCGACUCUGACCCAAUCAAAACCAUGAGAAUCCUUCUGCAGGUUCCAGACCAAGACCGGAUUGUGGUAACAGUUGAUCCUGGACAGGAUGCCAUUCUGCCAUGUCAGGCUGCUGAUUCCUCCAUCAGCAUUGUAGAGUGGACCAGACCUGACCUGGAGCCAGAUAUCGUCUUCUUAUACAGGUAUGGAUAUUUGGAUCCAGACGACCAGCAUCCAGACGACCAGCAUCCAGACGACCAGCAUCCAGACGACCAGCAUCCAGACGACCAGCAUCCAUCCUUUAAGGACAGGGUGGAACUGGUGGACAGAGAUCUGAAGGACGGAGACGUGUCUUUAAUUCUGAAGAAUGUGAGCAGAAACGACAGAGGAACAUACAAGUGUCUAGUUAUAACCGUUGACUCUAUGCAAAUCACGAUCAUCGAUCUGCAGGUUCCAGGAAAUUCCUCUCCUGUAGGCCGAUACGUUGGACUGGCAGCCGGUGGACUGCUUCUUGUAGCUGCUGCAGUGGUUGGUGUCCUGAUAUAUAGAAGACGUGAGAACAAGAGAUCAGGACAACCUGCUGAUGAAGCAUCAGCCGAUAACUUCAUCUAACAACUCCCAGAGCUCUUUACACCUGACUGUUUUGUCAUGUGUUGUAUAUACAACAUGUCUAUCAUUACUGCUGUGGGUGUGAGGUCAUGAGCUUAUCUGCUAUUUGGUCAGUUUGCCCCCCCCACCCGCCCAUCAUGGUGGGGGGGUUGUGUAUCUGAGUCGGGGAUCUGUAUUAUCUGGAGCUCUGAGAUCCUCUAGGGUCUCCCAUGAGGAGAUGGUCUCACAGGAGGGUCAGACAGAGAGACCCACUUCAAAUUACUUUUACUUUAAAUACAUUUUCCUCAAGUAAAAACUAAAUUACUCGAUAUUCAAAAAUGUGUUCAGAUAAAAGUCAAAUGUGUUAAAAUGUUUAACAGCGGAGUGAUGAUUGAAUGAAGAACAUAGAGAUGUUCAGACAAUAUCAACUCAGCAGUAAUACACAGAAAUGCUUUUCUCCAUUAAAUAGAUUAAAUUUGAUAAUAUUAUGUAUGUAACAAUAAUCUACUCUACACUGAGCUGUAUCCCUGCAAGCUCUCAACUGGAAAUUAUGUUUCUUUAGUUUGAAAUAUCAGCAGACGGAGCACCCACCAAAUAUCUUAUAAUCAAGUGUAGAGAGCUCUUCAACAUCUGUUAGGGUGUUUUGGUAAGAAUACAUUUUAUAUGGAGAGAAUUUUAAAUGAUUGUUUUCUGCUCGGCCAUAUGCCGUGUAUUGCCUGCUAAGAAUGUGAUAUUUUCAGCUAAUGAUUUAAAAUAAAUUAACCUUGAAUAUAGUUGAUUACAUUGUGAAUAUUGUUGUUAUUGUAAAUAUAAAAUCAGCUGAUGCAGCUCAGAAUAUUUCAGAGGAACAGCGACGAGUCUGUCUCUAAAUAAGACCUUAAACUGGAUUACUAGGCUCGUUCGAGAUGAGCCAGAUCUGCGCAGAAUUGAUCACCGGCGAUCGGCACCCAAUGCAUGCCGGUUAGAUUUGUGUCCGACUUAAUCCCGACUUGCUCUGAUGUCAUGCACACGUGGGCAACGAUAAUCUCACGAGACCAAGGCGUCCGCAGUUCUGUGACACAGGUAGACACAGGUAGGAUUUUUUUCUCCGCCCCCGGCUGCUGCCGCCUGCUCUCGUCCGCUUUACAGGCGAGGCACAGUUCAUCUCGAACGAGCCUACUAUCUAUGAAGUAUUAUUUCCAUGAUGUUUGUCAAAAGGAAAUGUUAUGAAAUGUGAACUAUACCAAAGUGAUGAGAUUUGAAAUCAGUUGAUAAUUAUUUAAUAUGAAUGAAUGGAUGAAAUAAUAAUGAUCAGAGACAUGAUGGAAGUUUAUAACUCAGUUUUAACAUUUAGAUCCCUUAAUGCGCUUUAAACUCUUUUAGCUUAUUUUAAUAAAUCUUUAUUUUUCUA